UAUAUAUGCAAAAACAAUCCAUUGGUUAAAUAGUUGGCUCCCUAAGUACAUAAUCUUGUUUGCUAUCUUUUACAAUACAUUGGUUUCUUCAUAAACAAAGAUAAAUAAGUUGGGAUCUUCCUCCAUAAGUAGCUUCCCAUCUCUAUAUCCCAAACACAACCAUUAGUAAUUUUUUAGUGGCAUUAAGCUCUCGAAUUUCUUCAAGAAAACAUACAAAAAUGGCCAUCAGAAAAUCAAACAAGUUAUCACAAGCUGCAGUUUUAAAGCAAAUUAUGAAUAGGUAUUCAAAUUUGGGUAUGCUGAGAUUUAUAUUUGCUAAUGAGCCCUACCAAACGACCCCUAAGAGAAACAAUCAUUUAAAACAUUUUGCAGUUUACGUGGGAGAGAACAGAACUCGAUAUAUUGUACCUAUUUCUUUCUUGACUCACCCUCUGUUUCAGUGUCUCCUACAAUGUGCGGAGGAAGAAUUUGGCUUCGAUCAUGACAUGGGAAUCACCAUUCCAUGUGAAGAAGUUGUUUUCCUAGCACCAACUUCGAUGCUCCGGUAA